AUGAAUAAUUUCGAAUGCAAUGUUUCCAUCAUAUCAUGCGAGGAGGCGUUCGCGCGGCUGGGCGGGCUGUCGUGGGAGCAGUGGUCGGCGCGGCUGGCGCUGCCGCUGGUGGCCGGCAUGCGCGUGGGCGCGGCCGCGCUGCCGGCGGCGGGCGAGCCCAGCUUCACGUGCCCCGACUGCGGCCGCGUCUACAAGCUCAAGUCGUCGCUGCGCAACCACCAGAAGUGGGAGUGCGGCAAGGAGCCGCAGUUCCAGUGCCCCUACUGCGUGUACCGCGCCAAGCAGAAGAUGCACAUCGCGCGCCACAUGGAGCGGAUGCACCGCGAGGUGCACGUCAAGCACGAGCAGUACAUCAAGCAGGACAACGUGAACGCCUGCACGUAG